AUGAGAGAUCAAGGGCAGGAAGGUUUUACGCCCGUGCAGAGGCGGGUGGUGUCGCCUGUGGGUGCGGCGAGGAGUCCGCUGCUGACGAGUCCGCUGGUUCAGAAGUAUGCGGGGGCCUCGCUAGCGACGCCGCGGAAGCAUCUGGGGGCCAGCAACAGCAAUAAUGGUAACAACGGGUCGCUGCUGGCGUCUAUGUCGAAGAACAGUAUGCUGGGGUCCACUAUACCAUCUACGCUGCGGAAAGUAAGUCUACAGCGCGAGUUCCACGAUAACGAUUCUGAUGUCGUGGGCGCGGGCGUGGGCGGCGGUCCCAGGUGGUCCAAGAGCGCGCAAGGUGAUGGGGAUGUUAUUAUUGUGGGUGCUGCAGGAGGUGACAACACCGCGUCCCCUACAGGAGACGGUGAAGGGCUGAACACCACUACAUUGACCACUACAACCACCACAGUGACAAGCGGGGCAGGCAAUGGAAGCAACGAGAUAGAUAUCGCAAAGAUACCACUGAUAGAAAGGCUGCAGCUUUGGCGCCACGACGCCUGGAUCCAGCAUCUCUACGGCACAGCUGAAUUCGUGGCAACUAAGAUAUACACAAUGACCGGGGACGCCAACGACGCGUUCUGGCUGGCGCUGAUAUACUAUUCCAUGGGGUCGCACAACAGGUGUAUCGAACUGUUGACCAAGGAUGACAUUAUCUCGGUAAGCAUUGUCUGUCGGUACCUGCUGGCCAGGUGCUACAUUGACGUGAAGAACUACGAUGAUGCCCUGGAUAUUGUUGGAGAAACGAACCCCUUUGCUGACACCGCUGAAGCAAGUGCAAGAAUUGAGAGCGACGGAGGUAUUAAACUAGAAUCGUCGAUGUGCUUUCUAAGAGGAAAGAUAUACGUGGCACAAAAUGAUUUUAGUAGAGCUAAAGAGGCAUUCAAAGAGGCAGUAUUGGUAGACCCCAAGAACUUUGAGGCCUACAGACAGUUGGUGGAUUCUCAUCUGCUGACUACUAACGAGGAAUGGGAACUACUAGAUUCUCUAGAUUUUGAUUCUCUAGGAGAUGAUAGCAUACUGGUAAAAAGUUUGUAUACGUUAGAACUUUCUAAGAAUCAAAACCAAGAUAGAAUUACUGAAGCACAAGAUAUUUUAAGGCAGGACUAUGAUUUGGCGGAUGAUAUUGAUAUCGUUACUUCAGAUAUUGAUAUCUUAUUCAAUCAAUGUAAAUUCAGCCAAUGUUUAAAUGUUUGUGAAUUAAUGCUAAAGAGAGAUCAAUUCAACAAUAAGAUUUUGCCAACUUAUAUAUCGUGUCUUUACGAAGUGAAGUCCUCCAAUAAACUCUUUCUUCUAGCACAUGAACUAGCCGAGAAAGAUCCAAGGAACUGCAUAACUUGGUAUUGUGUUGCAACUUACUACAUGCUCUUAGAUCGUAUUCCUGAAGCUAGAAAGUAUUUUUCUAAGUCGUCAAUAAUGGAUCCUACUUUUGCGCCUGCUUGGCUUGGAUUUGCACAUACAUUUGCUCUUGAAGGCGAACAAGACCAAGCGAUAUCUGCUUACUCUACUGCGGCUAGAUUUUUCCCAGGUAUGAGCUUACCUAACUUAUUUUUGGGAAUGCAGUACAUGGCAUCAAAUACAUUGACACUAGCCGAGGAGUAUUUUUCUCUGGCAUACGAGUCAAGCCCUCAAGAUCCGGUUAUCCUCAAUGAAAUUGGCGUACUAAAAUUUAAAAAGGGAGAAUUGCAUAAGGCCAAACGUUACUUGAAAAAAGCUGCUGAAUGUUGUAAGGAUAUGGAGCGUUCCUCAAAGACGGUUCUUUCCGUGCAGAUAAAUCUGUCUCACACAUACCGGAGAUUAGGAGAAAAUGAAAAGGCAAUUAAAUACUUGACCAAUAUCCUGGAGGAUACUGAAAACAGUUCGGAAAUUUAUUGCUCUUUAGGCUUCUUAUAUCUAAAGACUAAUCAAUUACAAAAGGCUAUUGAUGCAUUACAUAGAGUUUUAGCCAUAAACCCAGGUAAUUCAAGCGCACAAAAAUUGUUGAAUUAUGCUUUAGAGCUGAACGUUACUUUAGAAUUGGAUGAAAAUCAUCCAUUGGUUGUAAAUAGUAACAUACUAGAUGAAGAGCAUAGUGCUUCCAAAAUAGGUAAAAGGAGGCAACCUUUCGAGUCAAUUAAUGUUGACAAGAAACGAAAUAAAGCUGGACAACUAACCGAGCAAUCAUUGAGCCCUGCAGGUGAAGCAAUGGAUAUUGAGUAG